AUGCCGAAAGUCACACGCAAGGAUGCCGCAGAACCGCUGCAGGAGGUCGGACCCUCGGGUAUGGACACAGAGGGCACUCCAUUGCCCACGAGUGGAGGUGCUCCUGGCGAAAAGCCCAACUUUUCCCCCUUGUCGGCGUACGAGCUGAACGGCAAGGUGGUCCAAUUCCGUCGGGUCCCGGUGCCCCAGCACCGCAUGACCCCCUUGAAGACAAGCUGGCUAGCGCUAUACAAACCUGUGACGGAGAACCUGAAGCUGGACAUGCGCAUGAAUCUCAAGAGCAAGAAGGUCGAGCUGAAGACCACCGAGAAGACCGGGGAGCUUGCCAACCUCCAAAGAGCAGCCGACUUUGUACAGGCCUUCAUCCUGGGCUUUGAUGUGAAUGAUGCGAUAGCUCUCCUGCGAUUGGACGACCUUUACAUAGAGUCCUUUGAAGUGAAGGAUGUGAAGACCUUGAGAGGCGAGCAUCUGGCUCGCUGCAUUGGCCGUCUGGCUGGGAAGAGCGGGAAGACGAAGUUCACAAUUGAGAAUGCGACGCGCACCCGUAUCUGCCUGGCAGACACAAAGAUACACAUCCUGGGAUCGACGCAGAACAUCCGAGUGGCACGGGAUGCCAUCUGUGCCCUGAUCAUGGGCUCACCCGCCGGGAAAGUAGCCACUCGUCUACGCACAGUCUGUGCGCGCUUGAACGAUAGCUACUGA